GCGGAGUGCAGACGGGCGAGUGAGGAGUGGGGUCGGUGAUGGAGUCGCGCGCUGCCGCCGGGAUAAGGAGGCGGACAGCUUGAUAACGUUUACAGCUGAUGUGUGGACUGCCAGGUCCGCAGCUGCCGCCCCCGUCAUGGCAGCAGCACAGCGACGAUCACCUUCCGGGAGGCUUCUACCGACCUUUGCUUUACUGCUGGCCUUCUGCCUGGCGAGCUCCGGCGCCUCUGACCCGCUGCUGGCGCAGGCCCUGCGGCGUAAGCAGCAGGUGGAGCGCCACCGCCACCGGCUGCUAACCGGCGGCCGCGGCCUGAGCCUUCCCGGCGGCUUCCGACAGCUGGAGACGGUCACUCCCCGGCCAGCCGAGGCGUCGGCCAGCGGUCAGCAGGUGCGCCUGGUGGGCGGCCCCGGUCCGUGGGAGGGCCGAGUCCAGGUCUUCCAGGCCGGCCGCUGGCGACCGGUCCGGGCCAACCGCUGGGACGGGCCGGAGACACGGCUCGUCUGCCGUCAACUCGGCUUCGUCAGUUUCUACACCAAAUGCCCGGAUACCUUGAUCGACAACCAGCCGCCCAGCCCGAUCGACCCUCUCGACAUCGACAAAUGCUUUGAUAACCAAGACUCCAUUCUGGACUGUGCGCGUGCGAAGGUGACCAACGAGCGCGAGGUCAGCGUGGCGUGUUACAAGGAUGAUGACCUGACCAGCCGCUGUGGCGACGGCGAGCUACCCUUCGGCGACUUCUGCUACCUGAUUGGCGAGGAGCGCGUGACGCGCCUCAAGGCUGAGAUACGGUGUCAGCAGGCGGGCGCCAGGCUGGUCGAGGUCACAUCACAGGCGAAGAACGACUUCUUGAGCGGCGUGCUGAUGGCGAAAGGCUUGUCCGGGUUUCACACUGCAGGCUACGGUGAAGCCCUGAGCAGCAAAACCAGGGUCUGGUCGUGGAAAAACUCCUCCAAGGAUUUCUUAUUCACCAACUGGAACCCAGCGACGUCGGACGGAGCCGGUGCCGGGAAGAAUUCGUUUGAGCCGCGCUGCCUGACUCUGCAGCCGUCUGAGGUCGAGGACGGGUCACGGUACGCCUUCUGGGAGGCCUCGGAGUGCGGCAGCCGUCUGGAGUACGUCUGUCAGGCGUUCAAGCCCUGGACCGAGUGCGUCUCCGGCAACGGCGCCACUUACGCGGGGAACGCCAGCACUGCCGAGUCGGACAAGCCGUGCCUGCCGUGGACGGCGGUGUCGCGCUACCCGGGCCUUACCAGCCCCACACUGACGGAGAACUUCUGCCGCAACCCGGACGGCGACGAGCGGCCGUGGUGCUUCACCAGCGCCGACCAGUUCGAGUACUGCGACAUCCCGGCCUGUCCGCCCUUCCUGCCGCGCUCCGACAUUAAGAGCCAGGAGCCGUGCAGCGACACCAGCUUCCGGUGCGGACUGGACGACUGUGUGCCCAAGGAGUACGUGUGCGACGGCGAUACGGACUGCUCCAACGGUCGCGACGAGGCCGUUUGCGAUGCCCUGGCCGCCAACUACCAGGCUUUUCCCAACAACGACCUGCGCGUGAUUGGCGACUUCAUCGGGCUGGUGCGUUACACGUCGCGCACGCUUCGCAACUGCCAGUACCUCUGCCUGCUGGACGCCGCCUGUCGUAUGUUCGUCUACUUCGAGGACGAGAGCUUGUGCAUCUCGACGGCCACGCCGCUGGGCAUGGCCUGGCCGACGCGGGCGCCCGGCCACAGCCUGUACGUGGUGCUGACGCGCUACGAGCCGUGCGCCGGCUACCGAUGCAGCAACUUCCAGUGCCUCAACAAGACGGACGCCGGCUGCGACGGCAUCACCGACUGCGACGACCUCUCCGACGAGAACGACUGCAGCGACGACUACGGCUUCCGGCUGCGGCUGGCAGAUGGCAGCACCGCCGGCGCCGGCCGGCUCGAAGCGCGCAUCCGUGGCCGCUGGGGCCCCGUGUGCGACGAUCUAUUCGACAUCGACUCGGCGCACAUCUCCUGCCGCGAGCUGGGCUUCCGGCGCGCGCGCCAGUUCUACCUAAACGGCCGCCGGUACCCGGCGUCCGGGGAGUACGAGUACGCGCUGUUCGGCGCGCUCUGCGCCGGCAACGAGACGUCUCUCUCGCAGUGCACGCUGCUGCAGACGCCCGGCCGCUGCGUGGCCGGCGAGACGGUCGGCCUGGAGUGCACGGACGAGGCGUCGCUCUGUUCGUCCACGGUCAGCUCGUACCAGUGUCCGGACGGGUCCGGAUGCGUCACCCAGCAGUACAUGUGCAGCGGGCAGAACUCGUGUGACGACGGCAGCGACGAGAAUGAUGACGUGUGCGAGCAGCCCCAGUACCGGCUGCACGGCGGCGGCGAGGCGCGCCUGCUGCACGUCAAGCCUCGUCGCCGCUUCUUCCGCAACGUCACCGCAUAUGGCUUCAACUCGGACGAGGCCGAUUACGUCUGCAAACAGCUGGGCCUGGGCGAGCACGGCGUGGCGUUCGAGGGGCCGGCCGUGCCAGACAGCGUGCAGAUGGCCGAGCUGACGUGCUCGCCGCCGGCCGCCUGCCGCGUCGAGGCGCAGAACACCCUGCUACCGCGCGCCUCCACGCGCCUCGUGUGUCUGCCGCGGCCGCCGCCGCCGGCCGAGCUGCGCCUGUCGGGCGGACCGGACAACAGCAGCGGCCUGCUGGAGGUCCGGCCGCCGCGCGGACUCUGGGGGCGCGUCUGCUCCCUCUCCUUUAACAAGCAGCAGGCGGCGGUGGCGUGCCGUCAGCUGGGCUUCACGGGGGAGGCCGACUUCGAGGUGCGGCCACGCCAGCCGGCGGCACGCGCCUCACUGAAGGCAAUGGACUGUCUGGGAGACGAGGCCACGAUCUCUGACUGCGUGCUGCCCGCCUGGAUUAACGUGACUGGAGCGCAGGCGUGCAACGGCAGCGGCGAGGUGUUCGUGCAGUGCUCCGCCGGUGACGCCGACCUCAGCCGCAUCCUCGGCGGCAGCGCCGGCCGCAUCGAGGACCACCCGUGGUACGCGCACCUGGACGCCGCCAACCUGGGCGAGCGCAAGCUCAAGUGCGGCGCCACCGUCGUGUCGGCGCGCUAUGUGCUGACCGCCGGCCACUGCCUGUACCGCACGGACGUGGACACGGACCUGGCCGGCGGCGACCUGGUCUUCUCCCGUCGGCUGUUCGCGCUCGAGGACCUUUCCGUGGUGGUGGGCGACUCGGGCUCGGCCGUGAUCGACCCGCACCAGCAGCGCUUCGGCGUGAAGCGCGCACACCGUCACCCCGGCCACCGCGCCAUCAACAUCUACCACAACGACGUGGCGCUGCUGGAGCUGGACGGUCGCGUGGUGUUCUCGGCGGGCGUGCAACCGGCCUGCCUGCCGCCGCCGGACGUGGCCUACACGCCCGACCUCGCCUGCUCGGUGGCCGGCCUCGGCAAGCUGUCGCCGGGCCUGUUCGGCGCGCUGCCGGAGCAGCUGCAGGUCGGCAAGGUGGCCUUCUUCACGCGGACGCAGUGCGAACGCUUCUACGGGCGGCGUAACAUCACUUUCGGCAUGGUGUGCGCCGGCGACGACCGCUUCGAGGUCGACACGUGCGACGGCGACUCGGGCGGUCCGCUCGCCUGCGAGCUGGCCGGGGUCAAGGUCAUCAUGGGCAUCACCAGCUGGGGACAGGGCUGCGGCAGGAACGACUUUCCGGGCGUGUACACGCGUGUGGCCGCCUACGUGCAGUGGAUUCACGGCAUGAUAAGCCCGGACAGAAAUAGCUGAUGCGGCCUGCUGUAGUCGCUGUUAGUUCCUGUCAGUCGUUGGAAGACGGCUGUUGGCAUGUGCGAGCAAGGGGGGGGGGGGAGUGGGAGCGUGGGUGGUGAUGGGUGCUUCGCAGAGCGCCUGGUACCUCAGAUGCGGCCGCUGCUGUAACCUCUGGGGCGGUUUGUUGCGUCGCCCGCUCCCGCCGACCAGUUACCAGUAAGGUGGGUUGUCGCUAGUGAUCAUGACGUCUUCACUUCUGGACGUUUUGCGGCCUGAUGGCUGCCUUUCAAUGAUGGGGUGCUGAUCGGGCCGCUUUGCCAGGAUCGGAUGUUCAUCUGGUUGCGGAAAAGUGGUGCUUUAUCUAGUAAAGAUAAGUAGUGGCAGUGCUGCAGUGGAUGCUGAGCUGAUUUUGCAAUCUACAUACCAUAUAGAAUAAGCGUUUGUGAUGCGUGCCACCUCUUCCAUUUUCCCAAAGAGUGCAAAUGGGAAGUAUUGAGCAUUCGUUUGUAUAUCACAGCGUGCCAAAGCUAGGAUGGUGGCUUAUUGGCCCUGCUGAAGUGAGGGGAGGUGAAUGGGGUCGACAAUUUGUGAUUGGUCGAUUGACGUUAGGCAACGCCAUGGGGAUGGUGUCUUUAAAUACAACUGGGAUGAACAUGAGAGCAAAUCCCUUAG